AUGUAUUGGCUCCGACUCAUGUACAGCCUUCGUGGAGAGCGGUGGCUGGGCCCGUACCUUCUGCCCAUUCUGUCAGCCGUUCGAGACACGGGGGCGUUCUUCUUCGUCACCUCCCUCUGCGUCGCCAGUGCGACCCAUGCCUACGUCAUCAUGAACCCCCGAGGCGACGACGAGUACCCCAUAUACUCUUCGUUCCUGCACACGGUCCGAUUAGCCAUCUUCGGGGACUUUGACCUCUUUGAAUACCAGGGCCAAGACACCACCUUUGAGCAAGAGGAGGGCGUGGAGGGGAAGUGGGAACCUAUUGACCCCAGUCCGACAGAGUUGGAGGAGCUCCCUUACAUCUACUUGCAGCUCUGCUUCUUCUGCACCGGGAUCGGCAUUACGGUGCUGCUCAUGAACUUGCUGAUUGCGAUCCUAAGCUACAACUACGAUUUUCACCGGGAUCGGGCACAAGGGCUCUUUGUGCAGGUGCAGCGCAGGCCUUGGAUGAUGUUGGGCGCCUGGCUCGGUCGAAAGAUCUUGGACCCCGCAGCCCAGAAGCCCAGCCGAGAAGCCUCGCCCUGUUACUGGCACCUUGUGAAUCUGGCCGAGAUCUCACUGAGCCCUCUCACAACGAUCAUGGAGCCUCUCGUAAGGCAAGGGGCGUAUUACCAGAAGAAUAUAUUCGAGCGAUUCUUGCAGCGUGCUCUCUGGAGCCCGGUCUCGAAGUACAAAGUUUUGGCCCUUGGCAUUCCAGUAGUAUGCCUGGUGCUGCUCGCCGGGUCCCUGACGAGCUUGCUGGUUUUCGCGGUCCUCACGCUGCUGCUGCAAGCGGUGGGCUUCCGACUCACAGGCAUUCGCUACACGCUCAACCUCAGCUUAUUCGGCCUUUUUGGAGAUCGUUUCGCCGAAGAGUGCGAGAUUUUUGCACUG